AUGGCUUCAAACGAGAACAAUACCCAGGCUACUGGCAUUGCCGAUGGCCUUGCGCCAUCCCACACCUAUGUGCCCAAUGAGGGCUACGUGAACCCCAAUAAUGCAGACUCCGCUGCAGCGGGGCAAGAUCUGCCCGAUGAGCAGGACGAUGAAUACGACGAGGACUAUGAGGAUAUUUUCGAGGAGGAAUUGGAUCGCGAGGAUAUUCUCUCUUCCGAUAACUCCGAUCUGACCAAGGCCUACAACCGGCAGCGCAAAAUCAACGAUCUUGCUGCCGACUCGAAUGUCCCGAAAUGGACCUAUCCCAAGACGAACACCCAGAAGCCUACCGUCAACACCUCUGCCUCCAUCGAUGACCAGGUCAAGUCGCUUACUCGCCACGCUGGCAAGAUCAAGCUCGACGAUCAACAGGCUGGUAUCUCAGGCAAGGCUGAAAAGGGUGGAGAUAAGGCUGACCGAGCCACCUCGGAACAAGUGUUGGAUCCCCGUACACGAAUGCUCUUGCUGCAGAUGAUAAACCGUGGUCUUGUCUCCGAAAUUCACGGAUGUCUGUCUACCGGAAAGGAAGCCAACGUCUACCACGCCAUGUCCUUCCCCCAGGAAGAUGAAGAUGCUACCCCGCUACACCGCGCCAUCAAGGUCUACAAGACAAGUAUCUUGGUCUUCAAGGACCGUGAUAAGUACGUUACUGGCGAGUUCCGAUUCCGUCAGGGAUACAACAAGAGCAACAACCGCGCUAUGGUCAAGCUCUGGGCCGAAAAGGAAAUGCGUAACUUGCGCAGAAUCUACGCUACCGGUAUCCCUUGUCCCGAGCCUAUUUACCUUCGUCUCCACGUCCUCGUGAUGGGUUUCAUUGGUAGUUCCAAGGGUCUGGGCGCACCCCGCCUGAAGGACGUGGACUUUAACAUCCCCGAGCCCGAGACUCGCUGGCGCGCAUUGUACAUGGAAUUAUUGGGUUACAUGCGUGUUAUGUACCAGACCUGUCGUCUUGUCCAUGCCGAUCUGAGUGAGUACAACAUCCUCUACCACAAAGAGCGUCUCUACAUCAUCGAUGUCAGUCAGAGUGUUGAGCACGACCACCCUCGCAGUCUGGAAUUCCUGCGUAUGGAUAUCAAGAACGUCAGCGACUUCUUCCGCCGGAAGAAUGUUCUCACAUUGCCUGAGCGUACUGUCUUCCAGUUCAUAAUUUCCCCCGAUGGCCCGUCUGAGAUCGCCGGUGGAGCCGAAGAAAUGAACGCUGCCAUUGAGAAGCUUCUCGUUGCCCGUGAGGAGGGUGACGAGGAACAGCAGGAGGCCGAGGAUGUUGACACUGCUGUCUUCCGUCAACAAUACAUUCCCCAGACACUAGAGCAGGUGUACGAUGUCGAGCGUGAUGCCGAGCGCAUCCGUGAUGGUCAAGGUGCCGAUCUUAUCUACGGUGACCUCUUGGCCGGUGGCAAGAAGAAGACUGAGGUCGAAGAAGACGCCGCCUCUGAUGCCAGUGGUGGUGUCUCCGUCUCAGGAUCCGACUCAGAUGACGACGACAGUGAUCCCUUCGCCAAGAAGGCGCCUCGGGGUAAGCGUUUCGAAGACAAAGAUUCCAAGCGCGACCACAAGGCAAAGGUCAAGGAGGAGAAGCGUGAGCAGCGAGCGAAUAAGAUGCCCAAGCAUAUGAAGAAGCGUCUUGUCUCCUCUUCCUCCCGGAAGAAGAAAUAA